AUGGAGAACGAACAAGGUUUAGGUCAUGGAUCUGUUCCUCAACAACAUGCAAGGGAUCAAUUGAACUCUGGAGUUGGAAAUUCAACUAUUGGAACUGGAAAUCAACCAGCUGGAGUCGACUAUAAUCAUCCUCUAUUCUUGUCUCCAGCCGAUGUGAGCGGUAUUCAAAUCAUCUCAUUUCAACUCACAAGUAUUGAGAACUACUCAAUAUGGAAUCGAUCUACGCGUGCUGCGUUACUAGGAAGAAAUAAGCUCGGUCUAAUUGAUGGUUCAUGUAAGAAAAAAAAAUUUCCCAAAAUUCUAUGGAAUCACCGAGAGAGAGUAAAUGCAAUUGUACUCUCGUGGAUUAUGAAUUCUGUGUCUAAAAAUCUUCUUGGAGAGAUUAUGUAUGCAUCUUGUGCCCAAGUAGUUUGGGAAGAUUUAUUUGAGAGGUUUAAUAAGGUAGAUGAUUCAAGGUCAUUUAAUCUGCAUAAAGAAAUUGCAACAUUGUCUCAAGGUACUGCAUUUGUUUCAGUAUACUUCUCAAAACUUAAGGAUAUGUGGGAAGAGUUUGAAGCCUUGGUGCCUGCACCAGGUUGUGAUUACCCUAAAUAUAAGGAGUUUGUGGUAUAUCUUCAAAAACUUAAGAUGUAUCAGUUUUUAAUGGGACUUAAUGACUCGUAUGCCCAAACUAGAAGUCAGAUUCUAAUGAGGAGUCCAGUACCUACGGUUAAUCAAGCUUAUGCUAUGAUAAUUAGUGGUGAAGGUCAAAAGUCAAUAACAAAUGCCACAGGAAUUUUAGGUGCCAAUCCUGCAAUGAUGUCAGAUAAGGGACAUAACAAAGAAAAUUGCUACAAAAUAGUGGGCUAUCCACCUGAUUAUAGACCAAAAAAGAAAGGGGGAGCAGGAACUAAUGUUGCCUACAAUGUCAUGACCGACAAUCUGGUGCAACAGACAUAUAUUGCUUUUAAUGAUGCAAGAGGUUCUUUACAGAGUGUUAAUAUGAAUAUAAAUCAAGGAUAUGAGGACAAAGGGUCUGUGAAUGGACUCAAUUUCAGCCAGUUGAAUCAGAUGACAGGAUGCACAUUCUCAAAAGAGCAAUAUGAUCAAAUACUUCAACUACUUAACAAGUCUGGAACUAGUCAGUCUUCAAGCACAAUUUCAACUCCUGCAGCCAGCAAAGCAGGUAUUAGUUGUGCUUUGUUGGUUUCCAAUAGUCUUCAAGAGUGGAUAAUAGAUACAGGAGCCACAAACCAUAUGGUGGCUAAUUUGAAUAUGCUAAAUAAGUCUAUUGUGGUUCAGUCUGAAAAACCAAAGAAGAUAUUCAUGCCAAAUGGAGAUAUUUCCUAUGAACUCUUCAGUAGGAAGGUGAGGGUGAUUGGUAGGGAGGAUGAUGGACCCUAUAUACUAGAAAGACAAGCUGUUGGAACAUCUUUAGCAGUAACAACUGGAAUAAAGGAAAGUGACCAGAGUAACUCAACUACAACAAAGGAAGUGGAUCUUUGGCAUAAGAGGUUUGGUCAUGCUUCAUCCACAGUUCUUAAAAAGUUACUUCACAGUAAAACUGAUCUUAUAGUUGAUACUAUAAAGCAAUGUUUUGACAAAAUUGUUAGAAUUAUCAGAACUGAUAAUGGUAUUGAGUUUAUAAACUCAGUAUGGAGUGAAAUGUUUAAGAAAUUUAGGAUUGUUCAUCAAACUUCAUGUGCUUACACUCCUCAACAAAAUGGAGUUGAUGAAAGGAAGCACAGUCACAUUUUAGAGGUCACCAAAGCAAUUAGAUUACAAGCUGAAAUACCUAUAAGAUUUUGGGGUCACUUUGUAACUGCUGAUGUUUACCUUAUAAACAGACUUCCAAGUUAUAUCAUCAACAAUAAGACUCCCUAUGAAAAGCUAUAUCAGAACCACCUUGCUAUAUCACUAGAGUGCUAG